CAACACAUUCUCUACGAAUUUACAUAUAGGCAAAAAGUGACUCCUCCGCCACUGCACGUAUCGUAGAACGAGAAAAAUGUUCUCUUCCACUGAGGUUCGAUCUUUGCCUCUUCAAGUGUUCUUGAACUACCGGGGAGAGGAACUACGUAACAGCUUCGUGAGUCAUCUCGCUGAUGACUUUAAAAGGCAUGGAAUCGACUUCUUCGUAGACAACUCCGAGCUGAGAGGCAAAGAUCUCAAAACUCUCUUUGAAAGGAUCGAAGAGUCGAGGAUCGCGCUUGCAAUAUUCUCUACCAGGUAUGCGGAGUCGAGGUGGUGUCUGGAUGAGUUGGUGAAGAUGAAGAAACGUGCGGAUAAAAAAAAGCUCCACGUCAUUCCAAUCUUUUACAAAGUGAGAGCACGAGAUGUGAAAGAACAAGAAGGUGAGUUUGGUGAACACUUCAGGAAGCUCGCGAGAGCUUCUAGUGGAAAUCAGAUCAAGAAAUGGAAAGAAGCGUUAGAACGUAUCUCCGAGAAGAUGGGUUUGCCACUGAAAGACAAUAGCACUGAAGCUGGUUUUGUCAAGGAAAUUGUUGAGGAGGUUCAGCGAGUUCUAGCAGCAAUUGGACUCGAGGAAGAAGAAAAUCGUUUUGGGAGAGUGAUACGCUUCAUCAAGGUAAGAAAGCUGAAAUUGAGGCGGAGGUAGACAAUUUAAUAGAAGGAGAAUGUGAAGACUUGGAAUGGACGAGAGUUACGGGCUCAGAUCAUAUUAUACGCUUUGAAUGUGGGGUUUUUUAAAAUCUUUAAUAUGAUAUUUUAAUUCUUGUUGUUAUUAAUUCCGUCUUCGAUCUAUAACAAAAGUUACGAGCUCAUUUGAACAAA